CCCCCUGAAUGGCAGUGUGUGCAGCAGGACACAAGCUGUGUGACAGAAGUGGCAAACGGCAUGGCCACAGCAGCAGCUGGUGCCUCAGAAACAGCAUGGCCCCUGAGGAGUAUGGGGGGAGGUUUGCUAAGUCACUGCUACAUGAGCACUGGAACAGAAGCACCAUGGAGCUCUGAGAGGCAGAGUCAGAGCUGCACAGAAAACAUGUAAGAGAAGUCCUCUGAAAUUGUACAGUGGCCACCUCCACAGUAACCCAACGUGACUGGGAGUGGGCUGUGGGCAAGGUGCAGCUGGAGAUGGAGCCUAGCAUAGCAUUGAGAGCAGCAGGUUAAGCUGCCUGCAUAGGACCUGACAGAUUUUGGCACCUCAGGUACAGGGGAGCUGCUGGGGACACAAUGGGAAAUAACAUAUCGAGUGCUGAAUAGAUUGUUUGAUAUACAUGGAAAGAAAUUUAAAAAAGAAAAGACUGUGAAAUAUAGUGUCAAAAAGGGGGCAAGGUAGCUGCAGAUUUGGCUGCCACCUGGAAAUCACUUUGUAAGACUUUAAAAGAAUGGAAAACGGAGCAAGACAAGAGAGGCUUGCAGUAAUCAACUAAUACAACAAAAUCUGUAGAAGGAAGAAGAGAAUUAUUAAAACAGCAGUGGGGACUGGGGAAAGAGUAACUCUAUUAUUUAUUAUGGUGUAUUUGUUUGCUGAUGAAACAUGUGCAUUUUGUUUGUGAAUUGCAACUAUGAAUCUUUGAUUAAGCAUAAGUUUAAAAGUUUAUAUUCCAUAAGCAUAAGUACACUUGACAGAUGCUGGAUCCAUGUUGUUCCGAGUUCUAUAGCUGUUGAUUUGUUGCUGCCUUAAUAUAUAGCCUUUAACUUAUUCUUGUGAGUUAUCUUAUGAAGUUGUACAGCUGUGGAUAUUGUCAAUAUUCUAGAGAGAUACAUAUAAAGGUUUCUGAUUAUAUGUUAUAUAAGUUUGUGUAAUGAAUCAAUAUAAGAGUUUCUGAUAUGUAAUGUAAGUUUGAGCAUUCAUACAACUGUUAAUCUUAAGUGAGAUAUGUGAAUAUGUUAUAAUGUCAGCUUACUUCAACAUAACUUUCUAGAGGUACUGUAACUUUGUAAUUAAAAGAAAAAGGGGGAAUUGUGGAUAGAUAGAAUGUAGGAGAAUAGAGACAGUGGUGAAGGUAAUCUGGCCCCUAAGGAGUUACAGCUGUGCCAAUUAUCAAGCACUAAGAACAAGCCUGCCCUUAACAGGCCACAGCUGGAGCCAGUUAGGAGGGGUAUUGUAAAAGAGCAACAUGGCUGGUUGAGAUGGAGUUUGUUGGCUGUGCAGAGGAGGAGAAAAAGGAGUCUGUGCUGAGAGGAGCUGCCCAUGAGAUAUCACUGAGAAGGUGACUUCCAUGGGACUGCCUGCUGACCCCCAGGAGUGCUUCAGACAGCAAGAUGUCCAGCAGCUGUAGGAUCAAACCCUUAAAACCGAAUAUCCUGGUGAACUGGUGAAGUUCCAGACCUGAUGCUUUCAGUGUCUUCUCUGUUCUCUGUUGGUGUCUCUGGGGAAGACACCAAAGAUGAUUCAGGCAUGCUGAAGGCUUCAGAAAAGUGAGCAAUGAGUCCUUCUGAAAGCUGAAGAGAAGCCCCCUUGUAGGGUCAUGAACCUAAGACAAGUCUUCGUGUCUGUACUGCUAUUUGGAGUAGCUGGUCUACUCCUCUUCAUGUAUCUGCAAGCUUGGAUUGAAGAACAACAUACAGAGUCUGGAAAAAAGCUGCAACAAGAGACAAUUAAUCAGGAUUUCACGCUCCAGCCUCUGGGGAUGCCAAGGAAAGCAGCAUGGAGGAGAAGUGCUCCUGUGGGCCUCAGUAACCAUGAGAUGGCUGUCUCAAGCAGCAGGCACUGGCGGGGCAGGGCUGACCCUUUUGGUGUGGUGGCUGCCGCCUCGGGGAGCCGGCUGCCUGAGCAGCAGAAGACGAGUGACUCCCCUCUCAGCUGGUUCAGAGGGGUGUAUUUACCUCCUGCUCUGCACCCCUUAAACAAGACAUUUGUCAAGGGUGGUGAGUGGCAGGACAUAGACAGCACCCAGGAAAAGCGCAGGGCCUUCCUGCAGGACUUCUGUAGGAAACACAACAGCAGAAAGAAGCUGCAAACCCACCUGGUGCACCUGGUGUCAAGAAUUUACGUAGAGGACAGGCACAAGGUUCUGUACUGUGAAGUGCCAAAAGCUGGCUGCUCCAACUGGAAAAGGGUCCUCAUGGUGCUCAGUGGACUCGCUGCUUCAGCAAACAACAUCUCCCAUGAUGAUGUGCACUAUGGAAAGCAUCUAAGGAAAUUGGACAGUUAUGACCUAAAAGGGAUCUACACACGCUUGAACAUGUACACCAAGUUUAUAUUUGUACGUGAUCCUAUGGAAAGACUGGUAUCUGCCUUCAGGGAUAAGUUUGAACAUCCAAACAGCUAUUACCAUCCAGUAUUUGGGAAGGCAAUAAUUAAAAAGUAUAGACAUAAUGCAGAUGAAGAAGCACUGAAAACAGGAUCAGGAGUUAAGUUCAAGGAGUUUAUCCAAUAUUUGUUGGAUUCCCACCGACCAGUAGGAAUGGACAUUCACUGGGAGCAAGUCAGUAAGCUCUGCUAUCCCUGCCUCAUCAACUAUGAUUUUAUAGGAAAGUUUGAAACCCUGGAAGAAGAUGCCAAUUACUUUCUGCAGCUGGUAGGUGCUCCAGCCAAUCUGAAGUUCCCUAAAUUCAAAGACAGACAUUCCUCUGAUGAGAGAACAAGUACAGAAGUAGUGAGGCAAUAUUUAAAGGAAUUGUCUAAGGAGGAGAGACAGCUGACCUAUGACUUCUAUUACUUGGAUUACUUAAUGUUCAAUUAUACAUCACCACUUGUAUAGCACUAGAAUAGCUUCAGGCUUCUACUAGAUACUUAUCAUGUUGGGAUUCAAAACAACUACUUUGAUAUUAGCCCUGAAAGGAAAUGAAGUUACUGCUAAAUAGAGUUGUCUUGAAUUGGUGGGGAUUUUAUAAGCUAGAGUGAUAUCAAUUGAUACUAAAUUAUGGAGAAUGCAAUGAAAAAAAAGACCAGUAAACAGCAUAAAUUGCACUAAAAUGCCUGAAAAAGCUGUUUUUACCAUUAUGGAUUAUUCUAUGGAAGAAGUAGCUCAGACAGCUGUUGCAUUAACUUACCUAAUGUUCUUUUAAUGGUUUAAGAAAAAAAAUUCAGAGUGGCAUGAUUCUUUUUUUGGUGUGUUUGCUUUAGAAAUGGGUUUUGAAAAAACUUUUGAAUGUAUUUUUAUUUUCUCUCACUUAUUAAUAAAGGAUCAUUGGCUAAUUUUGUAAAA